AUGGUGGGCAAUGGUAAGCUAGGCCGGUGGAGAUUUUCUUUAAGGUCUUCGGCAGCGCCGGCGAAGAAAUCGGAGAAGACGAAGCCUCUCGUUGAGUUUAUUUGUCCGAUUUCUGGUUUAUUGAUGCUUGAACCGGUUGUGGUUUCCUCUGGCCAGACAUUUGAGAAGACAUCCGUUGACGUCUGUAAAGACCUUAAGUUUGUUCCAAUUCUCGCCGAUGGGUCGAGGCCUGAUUUUUCAACUGUGAUCCCUAAUUUAGCUCUUAAGAAGGCGAUUCAUAGCUGGUGUAUGUCGACGGGGGCGGAUUUACCUCGGGAUGUGGAUUAUAGCUCCAUUGAGGUUUCAGUUCGUAGGAUGAUGGCUUCUUCAACUCAAAGUGAAGGUGAUUCGAGGUUUAGGGAUUCGGAGAGGAAUUUGCUUAAAGGAAUGGCGGAGAAGCCGCCGGUGAUUUUGACGCACGCAGCGACGGAAUUGAAUCCUCGAUCUAUUCCUCAUCAUCAUCACUUCUACUCCUCGAGUUCAGAAGAAUCGGUGCUCGCGAACGUUCCAGAUACUCCACCGCUUCCAUUCGUGACACGUCCGUCUUGCUAUUCAUCUUCUCCUUCCGCUUCAACGUCUUCCGAGAUCGUCGUUGACGAAACCCCAGACCCUAACUCAUCCACCUCCGACGAACAACAUUUCGCAUCAAAGCUCCAGAGCCCCGACAUUUUCGAGCAAGAACAGUGUGUGAUUUCGCUGCGGAAAGUCACCAGGACCGAUGAAGAACUUAGGGUUUCUCUCUGCACGCCGCGGCUGCUCUCAGCACUCCGCCAGUGUCUCCUUUCGAGGUACGCCACCGUUCAAACUAACGCCGUCGCCGCUCUAGUGAACUUAUCGCUAGAGAAUGCAAACAAGCUGAAGAUUGUCCGGUCGGGGAUCGUUCCGCCGUUGAUCGACGUGUUGAAGGCUGGAGUUUCCGAGUCUCAGGAACACGCCGCCGGCGCGCUCUUCAGCCUCGCACUGGAGGAAGAGAAUAAAACAGCCAUCGGCGUCCUAGGUGCGUUGCAGCCGUUGCUUCACGCUCUGCACUCCGACAGCGAGCGAACUCGGAAUGACUCGGCUCUAGCUUUAUACCAUCUCUCUUUGAAACAGAGCAACAGGGUCAAACUCGUGAAACUCGGCGCCGUUUCAACUCUGUUAACAAUGCUUGAAACUGGUCUCGCCGGAAGGGUAUUACUGGUAUUAUGCAAUUUAGCUGCUUCCAAUGAAGGUAAAUCAUCGUUGCUAGACUCAAAUGCAGUCGAAUGUUUAUUUCGGAAAUUGAGAACAGAAAAUGUCAACGCCGACGAGUCAACCCGUGAGAACUGUGUGGCGUGUUUGUACUCAUUGAGUCAUGGAAGUAUGAGGUUCAAGGGGUUGGCGAGGGCGGCAAGAGGGGCGGAGGUGCUGCGUGUGGUGGAGGAGAAUGGAAGUGAGCGUGCAAGAGAGAAGGCAAAGAGGAUGCUGAUGAUGCUCCGGGAACGGGAUGAGGUCGGAGAGAGUGUGGAUUGGGAUGCUAUAUUGGAGGGAGGAGUGAGUCAGACUCUGUUCAGAGGAAGUUCAACCGAGUUCUGA